ACAGCUGCAUCUAUUUAAGCUUCUCUCUAGAUCUCUGAUAUUUAUAUUUUCAUACUUAGCAUUCCUGAUCAAGCCAAACUAGAGUUUGAUCAACAGCUAGGUAAAUCAAUCAAGCCACUUAAUCGAAUAAUGAGCCUAGGUGGGAGCUCUGGAGGCGGAAAAAGCUCGCUAGGUUAUCUUUUUGGGCCAGACAAUGAGACUCCAAAAAGUGUCCCACCGGCUGCCCCAAAGCCUACACCACCGUACGGUGUAGAUUUCACCGACGGUGACAACAAAUCUGACCAAAAGCCUACGUUGUCUGAAAACAACAACUACCCCAGAGCUCAGGGCCAAAACUCUGGCAACUUCGUCACAGCUCGUCCAACGACGAAGGUUAAAUCGGUUCCUGGUGGAGGUUCAUCGCUUGGAUACUUGUUCGGAAAUAAAUAAGGGAGGGCAAAUGAAUUUAUAAAACUAGGGUUUGUAUUGUGAUCUUGUGUGUAUUUUAUAUGUAGUAGUGAUCCAUGUCUAGAUCUCUACGUAUUUCUCAUUUAUUUGUGCGUACGGACGUGUGUUUUGAGUUUGCAGUUUAUUUUUUUCAAGUUGUGGAAUAAUUGAUUUUCUAGUCAUGAACUCAUGAUUCAUGAAUUUUUAUUUGUAUGCAUUUUCAGUUUCUUUUUUACAAAUAGAUUGCAUAUUGCCAUA